AUGCGCCGUAGCGCCAGGAUCGCUAGCAGCUCGCUCAGGAACGAAUCUUCAUACACAGAUUCCGAAUCCGACACUCCUCGCCGAAGCAAGAGGACUCCAAGAACACCCAACAGCCGCCGGUCUGUCUCUCCACGCAAAAAGUCAGUUGCGGCAUUUACAGCAAUUCCACCGGUUGAAGUCAAGAAGGGGGACGAAGAAGUAGACACGAUCGCAACAACAACCGGCGCCGACCUCGGUAACGGAGCUGUUGUCGCCGCCGCCGCCGCCGCGCCAAAUCAAAGCAGUAUGCAUUACUCGGGAGAAUCGAUAUCGAACGGGGAUGCCCGAAAAUCUGUGGAUUCUGAGACAGAAUUCUUAAAGAAAUCAGAGGAAGGGAGGAGUAGUUACGAGCAGAAUGGCCGUGCUAGCUCCGACGGUAAUGGCAACAUCGACGAGGCCAAAUCGGUUGCCUCUGGUGUGCUGCAAGCUACCGUCCCGGAAUGGUUCGGUCUAGCAAUGAUGAUUAGUUUGAUAUUUGGAGGCUGUUGUUCCAACGUCUUUGCAUUGGAGGCAAUCAUCAAGGAAGCGCCGGACUCGGGUCAUCUCAUUACUUUCGCACAAUUCCUGCUGGUAUCGAUUGAAGGAUUUAUUGCACACUUCGACUGGAAUUCGCCGACAUUGCUGGUUAAGAACCAAAUCCCAAUUCGACGAUGGUUGGGUGUUAUCAUUCUCUUCUUCUCAGUCAGUGUACUAAAUAACUGGGCCUUCGAAUACAACAUCAGCGUCCCGAUCCAUAUAAUACUUCGGAGCGGUGGCAGCGUCACGACUAUGUUAAUCGGCGCCUGUCUAGGCAAGAGAUUCAGCAAAGUCCAGAUCCUGUCCGUCCUUAUCCUCACGGGCGGUAUCAUCCUCUCUGCUAUGAGCAAUGCCAAAUCAAUGGGCGAAUCCGAGCAAUCACUCCCCCGUUUCCUUACCGGCCUCUCGAUCCUCUUUGUUUCCCAGAUCCUUGCAGCUUUGAUGGGCGUUUACAUUGAAAACACCUACGCAAAAUACGGCUCUAACUGGCGCGAAGGCCUUUUCUACACUCACGCUCUUUCCCUCCCACUCUUCAUCCCAUUCGCCCAAAGCAUCAAACUCCAAUUCUACAGAUUACACGCCUCAGAACCUCUUCCACUCCCUGAACUUCUCCCUUUCUUCUUCCCGGAUAACCUUAAGCAAAUUAAAAUUCCGAAGCAGCUGUUUUACCUCGGUGCUAACGCCGUGACGCAGUAUAUCUGUGUCAGAGGCGUUAACUUCCUCGCAGGAAUGGCGACGGCAUUGACGGUUACUAUCGUUCUAAACAUCAGAAAGCUUGUCAGUUUGUUAUUGAGUAUCUGGUUAUUUGGGAAUCAAUUGGGCGGUGGGGUCAUCACAGGGGCAACAGUAGUGUUUUUAGGAGCAUUUGUGUACGGAUUGGAAAGCCAGAGACAAGGAAGAAUGAGGAGGGAAGCAGCAGCUAGACGGGAGGCCGAGAGGGCAAUUGAGAGAAAGGAGUACACGAAUUAG